GCGGAACAGCAGUUCCCCAAUGUGCAGUCUGGUCAACGGCGCCAGCACAACCAGUCGCCAAAAUGCAGCUCAUUUAUUUCUUCACACUCUUCUCCUUUGCCGUAUCCGAAGACUUGAAGUUGACUAUUUUGCACAACAACGACCUGCACAGCCGUUUUGAGGAGACUUCACGCAAUUCCGGGACGUGUAAAGACAAGAAAGAGUGCGUUGGAGGAUUUGCAAGGACGGCACAUGAGAUCCGGAGGUUCCGGACGGAGUCCGGAGAUAAUCCGGUGUUGUUCCUAAAUGCCGGGGACACGUAUGUGGGGACGGCAUGGUUCGCAGUGCAUAAGUGGAAGAUUUGUGUCGAAUUUCUUAAUUUGCUUAAACCGGAUGUCAUGUCUUUAGGUAACCACGAAUUUGAUUUUGGCGUCUCAUCCCUUGCCCCUUUCGUCAAAAACGCCCAAUUCCCCAUCGUUGCUGCUAACCUCGACUUCACCAAAGAACCAUCUCUCAGCGAAAUAAAAAAAUCGGUGGUCAUCGACAUUUCCGGUCGAAAAGUGGGUAUCGUCGGUCACCUCACCCCCGAUACUCGCAUCAUGUCUCAACCUGGAGCUGUCGAAUUUUUGGACGUGGUCGAAUCCGUCAAAAACGAAACCCAAGUUCUUGACGCAGCUGGCGUCAAAAUAAUCAUCGUUUUGGGGCACUCUGGCUACGACAUGGACUUGAAAAUCGCAGCGGACGUGCCUUUGGCCGACGUUGUCAUUGGGGGACACACUAACACAUUUUUGUGGAAUGGGGCACAGCCUGAUUUAGAGAAACCCGAAGACAUGUACCCCAAAGUCGUGGUCCAAAAAGGGGGCAAGAAGGUGCCAGUGGUCCAAGCGUACGCUUAUGCGAAAUAUUUGGGGGUUUUGAACGUUACGUUUGAUGGGCAAGGCGAUUUGGUGGGUUUUCAGGGCCAACCGAUUUUUCUCGAUAAUGGGAUAGUGCAAGACCAGGACGUUUUGGAUUUGCUGGAGAAAUACAGACCGGCUGUUGAUGAAAUAAAUAAGGAAGUUGUGGGGAAAUCGGCUGUGGUUCUGGACGCUUCAGCGAAUAAAUGUCGAGUGGUUGAAUGUAAUAUUGGAAAUUUGAUUGCUGAUUCGUUUGUUUACUACAUGGCGGGUCAAUAUGCCGGGCCUGGAUGGACCGAUACACCCAUUGGGUUGAUUAACGGUGGUAGUAUACGUACCAUCAUUGACCCAUCGGUCCAUGGCGGUAACAUAACACGCGGCGAACUCAUGGGCACUUUACCUUUCGAUAACCAAGUCGUUUCAUUCAAACUGACCGGUUCUCAAAUCCUUAAAACGCUCGAAAUCGGAGCUAGAAGUAAUGGAGAGACAUCCAAAGGCGAGUUUUUGCAAUUUUCGGGUUUGCAUGUCGUUUAUAAUAUGAAAAAACCGGCGUUUGAACGCGUAGUAUCGGUUAAAGUCCGUUGUGGAAAUUGUAGUGUUCCCCUUUAUGAACCUUUAGAUCCUAAGAAAACUUACGGAGUUGUUACGGCUAGUUUUUUGACUAAUGGGGGUGAUGGACAUGAAGUUUUGGCAAAUGCGCCCAAUAAAAAAGUACAAGAUUUGGGCGAUGUUGAUACCGUUGUGUGGUAUUUGAAGAGGCAGACUGUGGUAUAUCCGGAGGAACAAGGGAGGAUUAAGUUUGUUGAAAGUGAGGGUGGAAACACACCGUCGGGGGCCACUAGGACUUUUGGUGUACUAGCUUUGGUUCUAACUUUAGUUACGAAGGUUGUAAUAGUCUGAAUAAAUUCUAUUACACUAG